GUCUGGGGACUCACGGCUGCAAUAUGAACUACCCCCUCACCCUGGACAUGGAACUCAUGAAGUACAACAUGGAGGACCUGUACAAAGAACUGGCGAACUACACUGACAGCACGGAGAGCCCUUUCCUGGAGAACUACUUGUGCUCCACAGCCGAGGGACCCCUUCUGAGCUCCUUCAAGGCCGUGUUCAUGCCAGUGGCCUACAGCUUCAUCUUCCUCCUGGGCAUGAUGGGCAACAUCCUGGUGCUGGUGGUGUUGGAGCGGCACCGGCAGACGCGUAGCUCCACCGAGACCUUCCUGUUCCACUUGGCGGUGGCUGACCUCCUGCUGGUCUUCAUCCUGCCGUUUGCCGUGGCUGAGGGUUCAGUGGGCUGGGUCCUGGGCACCUUCCUCUGCAAAACUGUGAUUGCUCUGCACAAGAUCAACUUCUACUGCAGCAGCCUGCUCCUGGCCUGCAUCGCUGUGGACCGCUAUCUGGCCAUCGUCCACGCCGUCCAUGCCUACCGCCACCGCCGCCUCCUCUCCAUCCACAUCACCUGUGCAGCCAUCUGGCUGGCGGGCUUCCUCUUUGCAUUGCCAGAGAUUCUCUUCGCCAAGGUCAGCCAACCCCAUCACAACGAUUCCCUGCCACGUUGUACCUUCUCCCAAGAGAACCAAGCCGAAACCAAAGCCUGGUUCACCUCCCGCUUCCUCUACCACGUUGGGGGCUUCUUGCUGCCUAUGCUGGUGAUGGGCUGGUGCUAUGUAGGGGUGGUGCACAGACUUUGCCAGGCCCAGCGACGCCCUCAAAGGCAGAAGGCGGUCAGGGUGGCCAUCCUGGUGACCAGCAUCUUCUUUCUCUGCUGGUCACCCUACCAUAUCGUCAUCUUCCUGGACACCCUGGCAAGGCUGAAGGCUGUGGACAACAGCUGUGAGCUGAAUGGCUAUCUCCCUGUGGCUAUCACCAUGUGUGAGUUCCUGGGUCUGGCUCACUGCUGCCUCAAUCCCAUGCUGUACACCUUCGCUGGCGUGAAGUUUCGCAGUGACCUAUCUCGGCUUCUGACCAAGCUGGGCUGUGCCGGCCCUGCCUCCCUGUGCCAGCUCCUCCCCAGCUGGCGCAAGAGCAGUCUCUCUGAGUCAGAGAAUGCCACCUCCCUCACCACCUUCUAGGCCCCAGCACUCCCCUUUGUUUCUGCUUCCCUUGGGACAUUCAGGAAUGCUGGAACCUCUUCCAACAGGAGCUGGCAUCCUAAGAGCCAUG